AUGAUUAGGAUUGCGACUUCUAGAUGCACGUUGAAAGGCGUUAGAUGCUUCUCAACAGUGUCAUUGAAGUUGAAUGCGAAAGAAGUUGGUAAACCUCCACGCUUACCCGAAGUUAGGGCCGAGCCAUUGGUUCCUUCUCCCCCUAGCAUCACCCCAAUCGAAACAAAAGUUGUUCCACCACCACCACCACCGCCAACUGUGAAGAAAGGCAAAAAGUUUUCUCUUUUUGGGUUCCUUUUCAAAACAUCGAUCCUAGCCGUCAUUGUUUAUGGCGGAACAAUGUACCUUGCUACAAAAAAUGAUGAUGUGAUGGAUUUUGUCGUUGAUCAUGAAAUCCCAUACCACGAGGAAGCAAUUGAUUUUAUCGAGAACGGCUCAUACGAUGACUUGGAAGAGCUCUGGUACACCAUCAAAGGUAAAUUCACCGAUGUAAAGUUACCAUCGAAGGGAGACAUUGAGCAAUUUACAAGCGACUUGGAGCACAAGAGCGGUGAUUUUAUCAAGGAAACAAAGAAGAAAAUUACUGGAGCAGUCGAGGAACGAAAGGGGACUGAUUUAACACCCGUUGAACAAUUACAGAAGCCAGUCGAGGUAGAGAGUAUCACAAGAGAUGUCGCCAGAUUACCAUUGAUCGAGCUCAAAUCUGAUAUCGACAGUUCUGUCGACAAGUCGGUCAAGCAGACCAUAUCAUCAUUGAAUGAUUUGAUUCAGUCUAUUGACGCCAGCUCAUUGUCCAAAACAAACUCUGGUCUUGUAAAAUCAAUUGACUCCAGCAUCAACCAAUUGGCUAACAAAUUAAACAUUUUGACUAAAGAGUUUGACAAUGAAUUGCAAAAUAAACUCAAAGUUUCCCAAACUGAGCUUCUUUCAUCAUUCACCAAAAAGGAAUUGGAAUUAACCGAGAACUUGAUAUACCAAUUCAAUCAGGAAAAGACUCAGUUGGAGAAAAGAUUAAAUCAAAGAUUGGAGCACGAAAUAAAGGCAGCUAGGGAAGCUAUUAGUCAAGCAGCAACCAAUGCUGUAUCCAUGGUGAGAAUUGAACAGACCAAGAACUUUGAGGCAUUGGUUACCGAAAGAAUCAACGAGGAAAGAAAUGGCAGAUUGGCCAAUUUGGAGAAAUUAAAUGACAAGAUUAACGAAUUGGAAAAAUUUGCCGAGAAUUUUGAACAUCAGAUUGUCAACAACCACAAGAAGACCUUGAUACAACAAUCGGUCAAUAAAUUGAAGUUGUUGUUAUUGACACCUCCCGAAGCAUCAGAAAGACCAAAGAGCAUUGAACCAUACGUCAAGGCUUUGAAAGAGGUAUCAACUGAUGAUGAAGUGUUGAACUUGGCACUUAAGGAUUUGAAUAUUGUUCUUUCAAAAGAGUCCACUCACUCAUUAUUGACAAACGCCCAAUUAUUAACACGUUGGGAACAAUUAGAACCAGACUUGAGAUCUAGUUCAUUGUUGCCACCAAAUGCUGGUUUAUUGGGUCAUUUGGCAUCGGUAGUUUUUUCUAAGCUCUUGUUACCUGUUAAGGGGGUGAAAGAAGAUGGUAACGACAUCGAAUCAGUUAUUGGAAGAGUUGAGUCGAGUUUGGCUAGAGGACAGUUGGAUAUAGCCGUUGAGGAGGCUACCAAUUUGAAGGGAUGGAGUAGAAGACUAGCAAACGAUUGGGUUGUGCAAGCUAGGAAAAGACUUGAAGUUGAGUUUUUGCUUAACUUGAUUGAAACAGAGUCUAGACUUUUAUAA